AAUCUUUGUUGGCGCCAAAAACACUUUGGCGCCACAUUUGUUACUUUUUAUGUCAAGCAAUCCCCAGGUCUCCCUCCUCCCCUCUGUAUCACAUGGCACCUCACUCUCUCCCUUAGCACAGAUCUCACUUUACGAGCUAACCCAAACUCUCUCCCUUUCUUGAUUCUUCAUUUUCAAUCCCAGGGUUUGCAUUCUGGGCUCUGCGAUAACAGUGAGGAAAGUACAAGUUCAAGUUCAAGUUUCACCAAAUGGAGUUAAGGAGUUGCAGUCAUUUGCAUUUUAUCCAGACUGUUGAAGGCGGUAAAAUGAUGAAUGUGUUUCGUGGAAAGUCUGCACUAAAGUUCAAGGAGCUCAAAGAUAUAUAUGAAACUGGAGACGCAGGAAAUCAUCAUUUGCUCCCAGCGGCUAGACCAAAACUUGAGCUCGAGGACUGGUCAAUUGACAGUGACGGGGUGGAGACUGAAAGUCUACAUGUGCUUGCAGGAGCAACAAUAAAAAUUGAGAGCGAAUCUCCGGAGUCAAACUGCAGCAGUGUUGUCGAUGGAGGGAAAACUGAAUCAGACGAUGUUAACUUUGGUACUAUGACGCUGAAGCAAUUUAAGGAGAGAUACAAAUCAAAGAAAAGGAAACUUUCACGAAAUGCUGGUUUGAUUGGACAAACCAGUGAAACUUGCUCCCCUGCAAAACAAGAACCUCAUGACUCACAAUUUGAAUUGGAAGAACUCGAGGCUAUGGAGCCCCUUAGUAGUUGGAAAUCCAGAAUUUUAAAGAGUAGGAAGAAGAGAAGAAAGUGCAGAUUAGAAAGCAGCUUUUCCAGUUCAUCUGAGUGUGCGCCAUGUAUAGUGAAAUCUAAGAGAGAGAAAAGUGACCAGGUCAUUUUUCAAUCUAGUGGGAUUUUACCUGCACCUAUUGAUGUUAAAGUUGAGGUCAUGGAGCCUAUUUCCUUUGAUUGCCGAUAUGUGACUUUAAUAAAUUCCUCCGGUGGUUGUGGUGAGCUAUUGGCUUCUAGUCUUGUGGUAUCUAGUGGAGAGCCUGAGAUAGCUGAUGGUUGUGUUUUGGAGGCUGGAGCUUUAAUUGUAUCCGUUGAAGAGCCUGAGACAGCCAAUGAUGGCGGUCCUCCAAUGCCCGUGUUUUCCAGUGAUGAGCCACAAUGCUGUGUUGUUAAUGAUCAAUCCUAUGAAGGCAGGGGUCAUGUUAAUCCUGAAUCAAUUCUUAAUGUUAAUGCUUCUUGUGGGGAGAUAUUGACGGUGGAUAUAGCUGAAGCAAUCAGUGUCCUGUCUUCAGAUUUGUCCCUGUCAAAAAUAAAGGAAGAAGAUUCUGUCGUAGAUUCACACCCCAGUGUUGACCCCGCUGGAGUUGUCUCACCAAUUAAGGGUGAUUGCUCCAUUGCAUACAAUGACUCCCAAAGUGAAGAGCCUGAAAGAGUUGAGGAUCAUGGUUUUGAGACUCACAAGUCAACUUUCUUCAGUAAUGAGCUCCAAUGCUGUGCUGUUAAUGAAGAAUCCUAUGAACCUGUGGAUCAUGCUGAUCCUAAAUCAAUGCCAGAUGUAAGAGCCUCUGGUGAGGAGAUAGUAAUGGUGGAUGUUGCAGAACUAACUACUGAUCAUAAGCCUGGGAGAGUUGAGGAUCAUGGUUUUGAGACUCACAAGUCAACUUUCUUCAGUAAUGACCUCCAAUGCUGUGUUGUUAACAAAGAAUCCAAUGAACCUGUGGAGCAUGCUGUUCUUAAAUCAAUGCCUGGUAUAAGCUUCUCUGGUGAGGAGAUAAUAAUGGUGGAUGUUGCAGAACUAACUACUGAUCAUAAGCCUGGGAGAGUUGAGGAUCAUGGUUUUGCGACUCACAAGUCAACUUUCUUCAGUAAUGACCUCCAAUGCUGUGUUGUUAACAAAGAAUCCUGUGAACCUGUGGAGCAUGCUGUUCUUAAAUCAAUGCCUGGUAUAAACGCCUCUGGUGAGGAGAUAAUAAUGGUGGAUGUUGCAGAACUAACUACUGAUCAUAAGCCUGGGAGAGUUGAGGAUCAUGGUUUUGAGACUCACAAGUCAACUUUCUUCAGUAAUGACCUCCAAUGCUGUGUUGUUAACAAAGAAUCCUGUGAACCUGUGGAGCAUGCCGUUCUUAAAUCAAUUCCUGGUAUAAGCGCCUCUGGUGAGGAGAUAAUAAUGGUGGAUGUUGCAGAACUAACUACUGAUCAUAAUUCAUGUUUGUCUUCAGCAGAGCUAAAGAAAGAAUCUUCUGCUGCAUGCCCACAUCCCCAACAUUGUGGGGAUGACUACAUUGAGGUCGGUUCCCCAAGCAAGGGUCAUGCAUCUGAUAUGGGCAAUGACUCUCAAAAUCUUCAUGGCAUGCACGAGUUGUCAGAGUCUAAUAGUUACAGUCAAGUUCCUGACACCUCCAUGGUUAAUAUCUCUCAUUCUUCAGAACUCAGCAGCAGACAUGGUUUACAUCUCUCUGAAGAUGAAGCUAAAGACGAUAGGCCUCAUGUUGAAGCCAGCGUGAUAAGCAGCCCUGUCAGUAGCUUUAUCUCAUUCAGGGAUUCAAAUUUAUGCUCAGGUCAAGAUGGCUGCUUAGCAUCUGCUGCAGCUAAAGAAAAGAAGGCCCCACUAUCUGCCUGUGCCGAUGCAGCAAGAAAGUUCUCUGCAGUAACCUGUGUUGAUGAACCUGUGACAUUGGCAAAUGUUCAGGGACGCCAUCACUCAAAGCUACAACAUCUUCCUGAAAAGCUCCUUUCGACUCGGAAGGCAAUUUCUCCAACAUCUCAAAAAAAACUGUGCAAGGCUAUGGAGGCCAGUGACUUAGACGAUGAAGAAUAUUACAAGUAUACAAGGAAAUUAUGCUACAGGAAUUUGAAUGGGAAUAAGAUUGAUAGGCUUGGAAGAGCCAAUCAAAACCAGAGAGUUGAUCUCCCUAUUAGUCCUGAGUGGAUCACCAGGAAACCAAAGAAUGAUAAAAAUGGUUUCCAUCAUAAAGGCAUUCUCAAGGUUCCUCAUCCUUCUGGAACUGUACCACGUUUUGGCACAGGGUGCAGCUCUGUCCAAAGUUGUUCAGAGAGUGCCAUUUCAUUUUCACAGAAGCAAAUGCGUGAUAUCGAAUCUAUUGCAACUAAACUUACAAAAGAGUUGAGCUCCAUGAAGGAUGUUGUUCAAGAAUCAUGGCACUCCAAGGUCUAUCCAGCUACGCCCUUGAAAUAUAGUGCAGAUGAGGUGAAAAUUGCUGUUCAAAAUGCAACAAGAGUGGAAGAAAGUGCAAGAAGAUGGCUUUCCAUCAUGGCAAGGGAUUGUAACCGUUUUUGUAAAAUCAUGAAAUUGACUGACAAAGCUUCUGCGACUUCUGGAAAUGUGGUCCUCAAGGAGAAGAGGAAGAUAGUUUUCGCUGAUGAGGCCGGCGGAAAGCUUUGUGAUGUCAAGACUUUUGAGAAUGACACUGCAUCUGUCACAGGAUCUAGCAGUGACAAAUAGGUAAAUUUCGAUUAAAUAAAGGAUGAAGCUUUUGUCCAUUGUACAUUUAAUUCAUCCCAUUUUCUUCACUUCUGGAGAGGGAUGCUUUUGGAUAUUUGAGUGCUUAUCUGAUGCUUUCUAGAAAAAGGCAAAAUGGGAUAUAUGGAGUAUGAUGAGCUCGUCUUAAUCUAAGGGCAAGUUGUGCCUGAGUUUAGGAGAGAAGCUAGCGUAAGAAAGUUGUUGUAUUCAGCUGGAAAUCAGAAUGGUGCUGGCUCCAAUUACUGAUAGCCAGAGAAUAGGUAAGUUGUUCAAUCUUGUGUUCUUGUACCCAGCCCAAGAACAAAUGUAUAAUUGUGGUCGGUUGGCAUUUCCGAUGAUGUUAGUUAGCGUUACAUCAACAAGAGGAAGAUCACAUCUUUGCACUGCAUUUUGUGGAGUGUGACUAAAGAUAAUCCAGUUUUUCGGCCU